UUAUUAUUUUUAUUUUAUUGAUUUAAUAAGAUUAUAAAGGAUCGUAGUUGGAUGUAUAGGCGUCGAACUCCACGAGAAGAAAUAUAUGAUGAGUUCUAUAAUGGAGUUGAACAUUUCGUUCAAUUUGCAUAUAAUAGCCUUGAUCUUGAACUAAAUGAUUUAAUCAAAUGUCAUUGUCCUAAAUGCUUUAAUUUAUCGUUGAUGACUUGGGGAAUGGUAUGGGAUCAUCUUACUAAGAAUGGUUUUAUGAAUGCUUAUUUUGUUUGGUGGGCGCAUGGUGAGACAUUUGUGAAUUCAGCAAAUCCACGGUUUGCUGUUAAUCUGGGAGAAUCAUCACACAGCCAAGAUACACACCAUGAUGAAAGGAUUGACUUUCAUGAAACGGUGUAAGAUGCAUUUUUUCCAGAGGAUGAUGAUAAUCGGGAAAUGGAAGGUAAUUUCCCCAAUCAACAUCUAGAUGAGGAACCAAACAAUCAAACAAAGGCAUGUUAUGAUUUGCUUCAUGCAUACAAUUCCACUUGGUAGUUCUAAGAGGUAUGAGACGGUGCUCAACUGACUCUCUUAUAUAUUGCAUACAAAGACUGCAAAUAAUAUAAUUGUUAAUGGUUUUAGUACCAUUUUCAAAGGAUGUAAGAGGUUGUUAAGUGCUAAAGAUCAAGAAAAAAUUCCUGCAAACUUUUAUGAAGUAAACAAAUUUAUGAAAU